UUCUCAUUAUUAUCACAAUUCAGAUAAAAAAUGUUUAAAACAUUAUUGAUUGCCGUUGUGUUGGGAGUCGUGUCCGCACAGAGAGCCUCCUUUAAUACGGGUUUGAGGGGUAAUGUGAAUGGACAGGUACGUCCUGGUAAUGGUCAGGCAUCUGUCAGUGUGGGCACAACUGGCAACGGACAAGUCGGACUGCCCGGAUUGGGUGCCGUCACAGGAGGUCUGGGACAGGCUGGACAAGGAUUGGGUGCCGUCACAGGAGGUCUGGGACAGAUUGGCGGAGCUGGACAAGGAUUGGGUGGUCUCUCAAACAUGUUCUCCGGAUUCUUACGACCAAUGUUUCAGAUCCCCGGCAAUGCUAUCCAAAUGGCAGGAAACUUUGCCCAACAGGGAAGUCAGGCACUGGCCGGUGGGCUAAAGGGUGCUGAGGAUGCCUUCACUGGUGUCAUUGGACAGGGACUCAAUGGGUUCCAAAAUAUGGCCGGAAUUUUGCCCCAAUUCGCUCAGCAAGGAAUGGGUCUUUUGACUCAAUUCCCUCAACAAUUAGAUGGUCUCUCACAGGGAUUUCAAGGCGCACUCAACGGAGCCAUGGGUCAGGCUUCACAGUUGCCUAAUCAGCUCAUGAAUGGUCUGGGUCAGUUUGAGUCUGAAGGACAAAAUCUUUUCAACGGACUGGGAGGUGCCGCUCAACAGGGUUUUGAUCAACUUCAAUCUCAGGGUGGAAAUAUCUUAGGUGGACUGCAAAAUUUGGGUCAACAAGCACAUGGAAGAAAUGGUAUGGGCCAAUUGCAGAGACUGCCUGGUCAAUUGUCCCAAUUUGGUCAACAGGCUCAGGAUCAGGGCAAAAGACUGUUCGGUAGAAUUGGUACAACUGUUCAAAAUGGCGCCAACAAUGGAUUAGGUUUGGCAACUGGUUUUGCCAAUCAGGGCAGACAGAUCGCCGGUCAAUUGCCUGGUGUUGUGUCCGGACUUGCUUCAAAAGGAAAAGGUGCUCUGAGUGGUCUACAAGGACAAGCACAAAAUGGUAUGAACCAGGCUCAACAAACACUCUCAGAUGGCAUCUCAAUGGGAAAGGAUUUCGGGAGUGGUCUUGCUGGACAAAUUGAUGAUUUAGCUAACCAAGGCACACAACAGGCCCAACAGGUUGCUGGAAAAGUUCAAGGUGUUGCUACCGGUUUGGGAAGCCAAUUGAGUAAUGGUGUGAGUGGUGCCAAGGGUGCUAUUGGUAAGGCUGUCGGUUCAUUGGGAUCAUUGGGAGGUUCAGUGAAUGGCACGGCAUCCGCUGAAAUCUCUGUGUAAACUCCCGAAGUCUCCUUCCAAACCAAUUAUUAAAUAUAAUUUUAUUUUAUUAAAAUCAUGAUAAAAUUUAUAUUAUACUUUAAUAAAUAUAUCAAAAUUUUUUAAAAUAAUAUUUUAAAUAUAAUAAACUAAUAUAUUUUAAUGCAAAAUUAUUAUAAA